CAGAAUAUAGUCUGGGUCACUUCUAUCUGUCUGUUUGAAUGUAAUAACUACACGGCUUGCAUCGUGAACCACGCAGCUAACAUUAGCUGUUCCCACAGAGCUAGCAGUUUGCUACUACACUACUUUACCUGCACGCGCGGGGGGAUAUACCUGGGUAUAAAGUGAGCGGCUCGUGCUACUCUGUGUUUGGGAGUUGAUGUCAUCACAAAAAUGUCUUACUUUUCUACAGUUUAGAGGUAAUAAUGGGUGAGAAGGGACCCAUGGUCUUUACUAGAAGCAUGUUUUGGGGUUAUCGUGGUAACUUUAGGAUUAACGCUGGCCGGGUUUCAGCCCUACGACGCUGGUUCACUUCUCCAUGACUAAGUUACCAUCAUGGUUAACCAGGUUCAGCGAGGGGACGGUAGUUGGCAGUCAUGCAAGAGUGACUCCAGCGGGGCGAGCAACAGUGGGGGGGAGAGCUCCAAGGAAAGCUCCCGCUGCUCCACUCCGGUGCUGGAUGCAGACCGCUCAGACAGGCUGCGGGACAAGAUGCGCAAGAGGACGGAGUCUGGAGACUGCUGGUUCUCGCUGGAAUUCUUUCCUCCCCGCACAGCCAGUGGAGCUGUCAACCUUAUAUCAAGAUUUGACCGUAUGGGCAGCGGAGGGCCUCUGUUCAUCGACAUAACUUGGCACCCAGCAGGGGACCCAGGCUCCGACAAGGAAACCUCAUCUUUGAUGAUUGCAAGCACAGCAGUCAAUUAUUGUGGCCUAGAGAGCAUCCUUCAUCUGACCUGCUGCAACCAGACCAAAGAGAAGAUUACUGGCUACCUCGCCAAGGCCAAGCACCUGGGCCUCAAAAACAUCAUGGCCCUGAGGGGAGACCCAGUGGGAGCCGACUGGGAGGAAGAGGAGGGAGGCUUCAACCACGCCAUAGAUCUAGUUCAACACAUCCGAUCAGAGUUUGAAGACUACUUUGAUAUCUGUGUUGCUGGAUACCCCACAGGGCACCCCGAGGCAGAAAGCUAUGAGGAGGAUUUAAGACACCUAAAGGAAAAAGUAGAUGCUGGAGCAGACUUUGUGAUCACCCAGCUGUUCUUCAGAGCAGACACAUUCCUCAAGUUCCUGGAUGACUGCAGGGCAAUUGGUAUCACAUGUCCCAUCCUACCAGGAAUUUUCCCCAUCCAGGGUUACCAGUCUCUUCGUCAGCUUGUGAAUCUGUCGAAGCUCGAGGUGCCAGAGGAAAUCACAGAAGUCAUCGAGCCCAUCAAAGACAACGAUGCUGCUAUUCGUAACUACGGAAUACAACAGGCGGUGGAGAUGUGUCGUGUGCUGCUAGACAGUGGAAAGGUACCGGGACUCCACUUUUACACACUGAAUCGAGAGGUCGCCACCAUGGAGGUGCUGCGACAGCUGGGGCUGUGGAUAGAGGACCCCAGACGUCCUCUUCCCUGGGCAGUUAGUGCCCAUCCCAAGCGGAAGGUAGAAGAUGUUCGACCCAUUUUCUGGGCAUCCCGACCAAAGAGCUACAUUUACAGAACUCAGGACUGGGACGAGUUCCCCAACGGCAGAUGGGGAAAUUCCUCUUCUCCAGCUUUUGGCGAGUUAAAUGACUACUACCUGUUCUACCUGAAGAGCAAGUCAUCUAAAGAUGCACUGCAGCAGAUGUGGGGAGAGGAGCUGAAAAAUGAGGAGAGUGUCUAUGAGGUCUUCACGUGCUACAUCACAGCCCAAGAGAACCAAAGUGGACACAAGGUGAAGUGUUUGCCAUGGAAUGAUGAGCCUCUGGCCCCAGAAACCAACCUGCUGAAGGACGAGCUGGAGAAAGUGAACAGACGAGGAGUCCUCACCAUCAACUCCCAGCCCAACAUAAACGGCAAACCCUCCACAGACCCUGUAGCAGGCUGGGGACCUGCAGGAGGCUAUGUCUUUCAGAAGGCCUAUCUGGAGUUCUUCACUUCUAGUGAAAAUGUGACUGCUCUCCUCAAAGUACUGAAAAAGUAUGAGCCCCGUGUCAACUACCACAUCGUUAAUGUGCACGGCCGUAACCUGACCAACGCCCCUGACAUGCAGCCUAACGCCGUGACAUGGGGCAUCUUUCCUGGAAGGGAGAUUGUCCAGCCCACUGUAGUGGACCCAGUCAGCUUUAUGUUUUGGAAGGACGAGGCCUUUGCUUUGUGGAUCGAGCAGUGGGCCAACCUCUACGAGGAUGAGUCUCCUUCACGAAUGAUCAUCAAGUAUAUCCACGACAACUACUUCCUGGUAAAUCUGGUGGACAAUGACUUUCCUCUGGAGAGCUGCCUGUGGCAGGUCAUUGAUGACAUGUUUGAGCUGCUCGACGCUCCUCCAGAAACGCACCACGAUGGAGAAGUCUCUGAAUGAAGCUUCUUAUUUACGGACAGAAAACGCACUGCUUCUUGCAAUAAAAAGCACAGCAUAGAGUAAGAUUUGCACUUGAAAGUGUUUAAAGAGUUUUAAAAAAUGUUUUUGGGAUAAUUGAAGCUAAAAGUCUCACCUGAACAAAAUAAGAGUUGUUUUUUUUGCUCCAUGAUGAGAAGCUUCUUCCUCUGUAGCACUCCCUGCUCAUAAACUGCAGUCAUGUUUUACAAAGUGUUAUUUCUUAAAGACAACAAAGGAGAAAUACAUUUGCAUGCAUUAUUUGAACAUGCAAUAUUUUUUUAAGUCGGUUAAUGUUUCUAUUAUCAUGGAAGACUGUAAUUCAAAUGAUGUAUUUGAACAAGCUUACGAAAUGAUGUUACAAGUGAAAAGCUAGUAUAGAGAUGCUAGUUGUGAGUGAAUCUUAUUUGAUGUCACAAUUAUGCUAUGCCGGUAAGCACUAAUGACUAUAUUGUACCACAGACAACAGGACUUUUACCUGGUGCCUUAACAUGUUUUAAAUGUGUGUCAUAUUUAUAUGUUGUGCCUGCUUUCUGAAGCAUUAAAUAACUUGUUCAAUAUUG